AUGAUUCGUUGGUCAUUCUUGGACACUGCGCUUCUGGUGGUCAUUCUUUUCCAUUUGAUUAUGUCGCCGUUUACCAAAGUUGAGGAGAGCUUUACGAUUCAAGCCGUUCAUGAUAUUUUGAAAUAUGGAGUUUUCGAUAUUUCGAAAUAUGACCAUCAUCAAUUCCCUGGUGUCGUGCCUCGGUCAUUUAUGGGACCCCUUGUGCUAGCAAUGUUUACAAAACCUUUUUUAUUUGUUUCUCAAUUUGUGUCGAAGGGUCCCGGAAGUAUAGCCGGAGGUGCAUCCGGAUUUGAAGCACAAUUACUUACAAGGGCUGUGGAAGGUUUAAUCAAUGGGUUGAGUUUGAUUUACCUCAAGUACGCGGCACAAGGCCUGUUGGACAAGAAGAAAGACAAUGAGAAGAAAAGUGAUGCAGAUCAAGAACAGCCUAACACCAUCGGAAGUUGGUUUUCCGUUUUUUUGUUCACUCAGUUUCAUUUAAUGUACUACUCAUCGAGAACACUGCCCAAUUUUGUUGGUGCCUUUGCGCUGUCAAAUGUCGCUAUGGCUCAAAUCAUGAAGGGAAACUAUAGUACUGCAGUCUCAAUUUACGCUUUCACGUCACCAGUUUUCCGUUUGGAAUUGCUUGCAUUGUGUGCUGGAAUUGGAAUAUUCACUUUGAAGUAUCGCAAACUCACUUUUUUAAAACUUGUGACUGCAGGGAUUAAGGGCGCUGCACUAGGUAUCUCGUUGUCCGUUUUCGUUGACUCGUACUUCUGGCACCGGUGGAUCCUACCCGAAGCCGAUGCGUUUCUAUUUAACAUUGUAUCUGGCGAAUCUGUUAAAUGGGGUACCAAACCUUUUUUGGCGUAUUUCACAGGGUUUCUGCCAAUGCUGUUCCUUCCUCCAACGGUAUUGUUGUUGAACUACCUUGGCUUCAAAGUCGCUCCGGAAGAACUGAAGAUUGCCGGACUUGCAUCAUAUUUCCAUAUUUUCGUUAUGUCCUUCCAGCCACACAAGGAAUGGCGCUUCAUUGUCUAUACGGUGCCGAUUAUCACAUUACUGGGUAGUCGCAGCUCCUCGUAUCUAUUUGAAAGCGGCGAUCCUCAUAUCGUAAAAGCUUUGGCUACCAAAGCUAUAUUAUUGGCCUCUCCGUUGGCUUCUUUGGCAAUUUCCGGGGCCUUUCUUUACAUUUCGUCCUUAAAUUACCCAGGUGGACAAGCGCUCAUGCAAUUCAACAGCUACGUGCUGGAAAACGGCAUAAAAAAUGCGACGGUUUAUCUAGAUGUGCCCGCGUGCAUGACUGGUGCAACACUUUUCGGUCAAUUGAAUGACAAAUUCGGCAUAACGUAUGAUAAAACGGAAAGACUUUCAGAUUUGUACAACAGAUGGGACUCAUUCGACUUUAUCAUCAUCUCCCACCCUGACCUUUCUGUGUUACCUAUGGUAUCGGAUCCUGAACAAUGGGAACUUAUCCAAACAAGUCAGGGAUUUAGCCAUUUCAACACAACAUACCUUGCCGAUGUCUUCACCACCCAGUAUUCAAACGGGUUUUCGAUAGUUCAUCACUUGCUACAGGAGCAAAGUUUCGCGCCUUUAACGGAACUUGUCUCCCGCACAGUCGUAAACGCCGACUUAUUGUUCACCUAUAGACGCUUGAAUACUUGA